AUGAGUUUUGCUGGUUUUGGGCAGAAUUUUAAUGGGGACGAAAUGGCAAGGGAAUAAUAGAAGGCUCAGGAUGGUUGGGAUAUCGAAGAUGAGGAUUUUCCUUCUGAUCAUGGAAAUUAAGAUCAGCAGUAAUAAUUAAACAAUUUUAGAGAUAAUCCAAAUUAAAAUUAAAAACAGAAUGAAUGGGAAAUCGCUGAUGAUAUUGACGAUCCCUUCUAAACACCAGCAGAAACCUAAUUAAAACAGGAAUAAUAAACUUAAAUUUAAUAAGAUGAAUAAAAAUCUCCAGAAUAAGUAGAUAUGUGGGGAAAAAUAACAAGCACUGUCCAGUAGACUUAAACAAUCGAAAAACUUAUUAAAGAAAGUGCGCCUUAAAAAAUUAAGCAAACCUUUCAAAAUAUAUUUGGAUCCCAAAAUAGUGGAUCCAAUAAUAUUAUUAUUUCACAGGAGCAAACAUCAAAUAGCAAAGUAUUCGCAAGUGUUUAGUAGGUAAUUGAUAUGAAGAAAUUAUUCGAACUUGAAAAAUCUGAACUUGAAGACCAAAUGAAGUUAAGAAGAAUCUAAGAGCAAAAUGAAUUAAGAGAGCAAAAGUAGGAAUUAGAAAAUAAAAUAAGGCAAUUCCAAAUUGAGAAGGAAUAAUUCAAUCAGCAAUUAAAGGAAGCCAAAUAAUUAUUUAAAUUGACUGAGCUCAUAGAACCACAAGAUAAUCAUUAAGUCAUUAUUUGUAAAUUGACCAAAGAGAAUGAAAACCUAAACAACGACAUCACUAAACUGAUAGAUACAUAAGAAAAAUAGAUCAAUGAUUAUGAGGACAAUAUCGAAUAAAUGUAAUAAGAGAUUGAGUAUUACAAAAAUCAGUUCAUUAAAUACUAAUCGAAAUAUGAAAAUGCCAAAGAAAAGAUGAGAGUAGAGAUUCCCAAAAUUUAAAAUUAGCUAAUGACUAUUAAGAAUAUAGAACUAAAUACAUUAGUUACAAAUAAACUGACAUAAUUCUAAAAAUAUUAUAUCACCAAACAACAGGACUUGUUGCAAUAUGCAUUAUAAACAACUUCAAAAUAAUCUAAACAAAUAGGUUCUCUUAAAGAGGAUAAUAUAAGAUUGAUGCAACAAGUUGAUGAAUUAGAUGAGUUAAAGGACGAACAUUAAUCAAGUUUAUAUAUUAUAAAACAGUUGAGAGUCUCAGAGGAUAAACUAAUGGAAGAAAAUGAGAGAAUCUAAAAUCAGAAUUAGGAUAAGGAGAAUCAGAUCAUGGAACUCUAAAAUUAAUUAAGUGAUUUGAGAAAUGAAAAUGAGAAGGACAAAUUUAAUUUAAAUCAACUGAUUGCAUCUUUACAAUCAUAGCUUGACUAAUUUAAAAGAAACUCUGUUGAUAAAUAGACUAUUAAUAAAUUAGAAAAUUAAUUGGCACUCAUUCAAGAGGAAAAGAGAGCUUUACUAAGUAGUUUAGAGAACAAAGAAACACAAAUCAUAGUAUUGGAACAAUAAAUCUAAGAAUUAAAUGAGGAAUUGACUAAGCAGUAGAAUGUAGAUUCGAAUGAUAUUUGGAAGUAGGAGGAUAAAGGUUGGGAAUUGGAUGAUUCUUUUUAAAAAAAAUAUGAUGAAUUGGAGUUAUAAAUGAUUCAAUAUCGAAAUGAAAAUCAUGAAUUAAAAUAUUAGCUUAAGGAAAUGGAGGUUCGAAUGCUCUAGUAAUAGCAUAAGUAAGAGGCUCAGGUUGAGUAGAUGCAUUAAUUAUAGAUGUGUUUAGUUGACACAGAAUAUUAGAAGAACUUUUAAAAUGCAGUAUAAUAAGAAAGAAUUUAAGAAUUAGAAGAACAAAUUUCUAUUGAAAAAAGGAAGUUCUCAGAUGAAGAAGAAAAGGUAAGUGAAUAAAAUUUAUAGCCGGAUGAAGAUUCCCAAAGAGCAAUUAAUUAAUUGAGAUAAAUCGACUAUGAGGAAAAUGCAGUAUAAAGAGAGGAUGGGGCUUGGGAAUUCGAAGAUAGUCUAAAUGUUGACAUCUAAGAAUAAGAAGUUGUUAAUGAAGGAACUGGUGAGUAUUAAAAUAUCUAAUUAGGCUAAGGACAAGAAAUAAAACAGGAUGAUUAUGAAAAAUAAGUAGAUGAAAGUUCUGAUUUUUAAGAUGAAAUAGAAUAGAAUGAUGAUUAUGUGUAGGAUGAUUCUAAAUAAAAUGAUCAGUCAGACAAUAAAAUAGAAUAGUAAUAUGACUUAUCCUAAGAAUAAGGAUGGGAAGAUAAUUAAAAUGAGAUUGAAGAGAUUCAAUAAAAUAUAGAGAAGGAUUCAGAGGAACACUCAGAAAAACAAGGAUUAUUAUAAAAUUAUGAUGAGGAAGAUGAAGAAAAUUAUGAAAACCUAGAAGAUAAUUAUGAUCUUGAGAAAGAUUAGGAUCAUCAAUAAAAGGAAGAGUAUUACGAUGAUGAAGAAUUGCCAGAAUAAGAUUCAAAACAAUUAUCCUAAGAUAAUCAAGUAGAAGUUUAAUAGAUGAAUAUGGAAUAAAAUCAUUUGGAUUAUGAAAAUAAUUAAAAUGAAUAUUCAGAAUAAGAAUAAGAAUAAGAAUAAGAAGAUGAAGAAGGUUAAAAACAGGAAGAGAUUUAAAAUGAGGAAGAGGAUUCUGAAUAUUAAAAUGUAGAAUAUGAGAGUUAAGAAAAUAAUCAUGAUUAAAAUAAAGAAGGUUCUGAGGAUUAAAUAUCAUCAAAUGAAUAAAUUGAAUCAUAAAAUGAAGAUUAAGAAGAAGAAUAAAAAGAACAUGGUUCUAAUGAAGAAUUUAAUUAAGAUUAGGAAUAAGAAUAAGAAGAAAAUGAUUAUGAAGAAUAAUAAUUUAAUCAAAAUUAAAAAGAUUAUGUUGAUGAUAAAUAAAAUAAUGAUAAUCAGAGUUAAGAAGAAUAAGUUUAAAUCGAUAACGAUUAGGAUGAAUAAGAAAUUAAAUCAGAUGAAUAAAAUUAAAAGGAUCAAUUAAAUACAUCUGACAAAAAUCCUUAAGGGGAGGAGUUGAAUUCCUAAGAGGGAGAUCAUGAACAGAAUGAUGAUGAAAAUGAACCCUUAUCAGAGAUUGAAGGAGAAGAUGAUCAAUUAAUUAAUCAAUAAUAAGUUGAUGAUAACAGAGAAUUAUCAAAAGAGGAUCAAGUUGAAGAUGAUAAUUCUGACAAGGAAAUUAAUAAUGUAAAUCAGUAGAACGUUUAAAAUAAUUUAUAAGAAGAAUCCCCACAGUAAUUAGUAAAUAUCAAUGACGAAUUGGCUGCUGAAGAUUUCAAUACUUAAGAAAACAACUAAAAUAAUGAAGAAGUUGAGAUAUAAAAUUAGAUCAAUAAGGAAUAAGAGUAGUUAGAAAUAUAAUAUUAGCUUGUUGUUGAACCCACAAAUAAUUCUAAUUUUGAAAAUCAAGCAAAAGAAUAGAGUUUAGGUGAUUUAGAUGCUAUAGAUACUCACAUUAAUAAUAAUGCUUAGUAGAAAGUUGCCAUUAAUUCUUCUAAUUAAAUAGAAAAUAAUUACAACAUAGAAGACAAUUCUCAAAAGAAUGCUCAAUUUUCUUAAGAUCUUUCUCAUUCCUAUCAGGAUAUAGGCGUUUAAGAAGUUAUCUCAAAACCAAUUUUAUAUUCAGACCCAAGGUCUUAAGAAAAGAGUGUGAAUGAUUAAGAGGAUGAAAUUUAAAAUGUUUAAGAACAUUAUGAAGUGGAAGUAAAGUUAAACGAACAACAAAUUAAAAAUUAAGAUGUUGAAGAGAAUGAGAAUCCAGAUGAAGAUGAUGGCAAUCAAUGGAAUGUAGAUGAUGAUAUUGACUUCGAUAAUGAAAUAGAAAAUCAGUAAGUGCAAACAAAUAAUGAGGAGAAUUAGAGUAAUAAAUAAAUUAUUGAAACGAAUUUAAAUAAUUCAUCAUAAAACCAGAAAGAAAAUGAGGAAGGAUAAUAGGAACCACUUGAAAAUUAGAAAGUAAACUAAUAAUUUGAAGAAGAAACUCCUGAUGUGUAAUUUGAUGAUGAUCAAGAUAAUUAAGAAGAGAAUAAUAACCCAGCAGUGAAGAAUGCGGAAAGAGUGAGUCAAGGUUAAGUGGAUUUGGAGGAUGAAUUAGAAGAAAUUGAUCCAUGGGCGGAGUAGUAAAAGCAAGGGGAGAAUGCAGAAUCAGGUUGGGAUUUAGAUGAUAUAUGA